CAUUCGACGGCAAAGUGUCUGACGUUUCUGUUAUGUCAGUUGAAAAACUAAAAAUACAAGCAUGUAAAAAUACCUGAGUGAUUUUGAAAUGAAUCUUAUCAACGAUUGAACGUGUCAGUGUUUAACAAUGUGUUAAAAAAUUUCAUCCUCAUAAUUUAAAAAUAAGUAAAUUUUUAAAAAUAGUACCAGCGUUAAUAAAUUAGAUUUUCAAAAAUGUCUAUGAAGAAAGAAUCUCCAUGGGAUGUAGAAUUGCAUCUUUCAGCGGCUCGUGGUGAUGCAAAACGUCUGCAAGUCCUUUUAGACUCGGGACGUGUUCAUGUCGACUGCAAAGACAAGGACGGGACAACCCCACUUAUAUUAGCGGCUGCUGGGGGCCAUAUUGAGUCUGUUACUGAGCUAUUACAACAAGGGGCGGAUCCAAAUGCCAAAAGACUGACUGGAACAACUUCUCUAUUUUUCGCAGCUCAAGGCGGUUUUGUAGACAUUGUUACACUUCUCAUUGAGCAUGGUGCCAUCAUAGACUCUUGCAGUAUUGAUGGUGGGACACCACUUUUUGUUGCUUGUCAAUGUGGUCAUUUGGAAGUCGUAGUAGAAUUAAUUGAAAAGGGUGCUAAUGUAAAUGCUCAUAUGAAGGAUGGUGCCACAGCAUUAUUUAUAGCCGCACAAAAUGGUCAUAUUCGAAUACUAGAAAUUUUAUUAUCACAAGGAGCUAAAACAGAUGCAGCGAGAACUGAUGGCGCAACUCCACUCUGGAUAGCCGCUCAAAUGGGGCAUGAUCAUGUGGUCAGAAGACUCUUGAAGGCCGGAGUCAAGGUCGAUGCUACCAGACAUGACGGUGCUACUCCGCUCUUCAAAGCCGCUCACAAAGGUCACACUGCAGUGAUUGGCGAAUUACUAAAAUAUCGACCAUCUCUUGAUAUUCUUCCAAAUGGGGAAAGUGCAUUGCACGCAGCAGCCUUGGCUGGACAUAUGACCGUCACGAGACAAUUAGUUGGAGCCGGUGCUGAUCCUCUACUUGUUAAUCAGGAGGGUAUUACCCCUCUUCAACUUGCCAUUAGACACUCGCAAACCCAAGUUGUUAAUUAUCUCAAGGAUAAAAUUAGAACGCGCACUGCAUCACGUUAAUUAUUUUAAUUAUUAUCUAAUGUUAGUCUUUAUUUUUAAAACGCUGAAAUAAUUUCAUGUGAAAUUUAUCUCUAAAUUAUAAAUUAUUUAAUUAUUAUUUUGAACAUUGAUUAUAAUCGAAAUUUUUUUUUGAAUCUAGGAAACGGAUCAGUAUUUUUUAAAAUUAUUUUCUAUUUUAAUAAAGUAUAAUACUAAAUAUAAAUAUAUAAAAAAAAUAUAUAAAAUAUUUUUACACUAAAAUAAAUAAUUGCCUUUAAUUGAAAGGUAAAUUAAUGGCCGGGUGUUGCAUUAUUAUUGUAUACGAAUAUAUGUUAUAUAUAUUUAAUAUUGAUAACUAUUUAAAUAAUUAGACAAGUUUAUUUAUAAAUAAAAUAGUUAUUUUGAAUAGCUAAUUCGGCAGUAAUCCAAAUAAAUCUAGUUAAUUGUUAUUAAUUGAUCUAAUAAUUAAUUUAAAAUUAUGGUGUAUAGUCAAUUGGUCCCAACAAUUUUAUACCACGACAAGUGACCCUUAAAAAUUGAUCUCCCCGACAAUUAUUGGUCGUCAAUUGAUUUUUAUCAACAACCCGGGUCAAAAAAAUAACUUGAUUUUGAUUUUUUUUGACUCACAUUUGACUCAGUAAACGUGAUUUUUGCUACACUUACUUUUUUUUAACUAAUGUGGCUUUUUUAACUUAAGGACUUAAGUCAAAUUAAAGUCAUGUUGACUUGAAUUUAACAAAUGAGUUACAUGUAAGUCAACUCAGACAAAUUCAAGUCGUUUGACUUGGAUUUGACUUAAAAAUGUAAAUUAACUGAGUCAAAUUAUAGUCACGUUGUCUUAGAUUUGAUUCCAAUGACAAAUUUAAGUCAACUGAGUCAAAUUAAAGUGACGUUCACUUGUACUUGACUUAAAUGACUUGAAUUUAACUUAAAUUUGAGUCAAAUUAAAGUCAAGUUUUAUUUGAAUUUAACUUAUCUUUAAGUCAUUUAAGUCAACUGAGUCAAAUUAAAUUUUUGUUGACUUGAAUUUAACUCAAAUGAUUUGAUCUUAAGUCAACUCAGUCAAGUUUGACUUGAAUUUAACUUAACUUUACGUCAUUUAAAUCAACUGAGUCAAAUUGAAGUAUCGUUGACUUGAAUUUGACUUGAAAAUGUAAGUCAACUCAGUCAAAUUGUAAUCACGUUGCCUUGGAUUUGACUCUAAUGGGAAUUUAAGUCAACUGGGUCACAUUAAAGUGUCGUUGACUUGUAUUUGACUGAAAUGACUUGAAUUCAACUUAAAUUUAAGUCAAAUCUGAGAUAACGUGACUUUAGUUUGAUUUGGUUGGCGUAAAUUGGUACUAAGUACGACAACAGUCAAAAGCAAUUCAAAACCAAGUGAGUUUUCGUAAUUUAAAAGAUAUUUUUUUUUUCAUUUUAUUAAAAAAAUAGUACCUAAACUUGACUGGCUUUUGUCUUCCUAGACUUGUUUUAUUUUCAAUUUUUAAAAUUACGCAAAAAUCAAGUCAUUUUUUUGACCCGGGAGCUAAUUAACAUAAUUCAACUUUUUAUAUUUAUGACAGUGAACUUUAAUUACUCAUGUCACAGUAAUUACUUAAUAAUUAAUUAUUUAAUGAAAUUGUCUAUGGGAUCAAUUGCCAUGUGAUCAUUUGUCGGGGAUCAGUUGUCUAGAACCUAAAAUUAUUAAUUAAUUAGUUUGUUUCUUAUUUUAUUACCGUCCAAAGUUAAAUAAAUAUUUUGUCAGUCUUAAUUAAUAAUUAAUGUAAAUUAAAAGACUGACGGAUUUGCCUUGAUAUGUAUUUAAAAUAAUAACAGUGCAAUCUAAUUAAAAAUAAUUUAAAUUAAUGUAGAGUUUAAAUUAAAUUUCAAAGAAGGAUAGCGUAAUUUAAAAUAAUUUUAUUUAAUUAUUAUUAUUUAUAUACAUAUAUUUAUGUAUUUAAAAAUAACAUAU